AUGGCUGUAGUUGAUACUGGCCUGGCAAAGGGCCCUGCAGUCACCGGCCCUACUGCAAUUGCCUUCGCUUGCUUUAUGGCACUUACCGCGUAUAACUUUCUGGAACUCAGCAUCAUUAUAUUCGCCACAUUCAAGAAACGCAAUGGGCUUUAUUUCUGGAGCUUUAUUAUCGCUAACUGGGGCACACUACUACACGGGAUCGGUUUCACACUCAAGUACUUCCAGAUAGUCACCAACGGUUUUUUCUACGGCACAAUCUCCCUUAUUGGUUGGUAUGCUAUGGUGACAGGGCAGUCCGUUGUUCUCUACUCUCGCUUGCAUCUUGUCCUUAAGAAUCAAACCUGGCUUCGGGCUAUUCUUGUUAUGAUUAUUGUUAACGCUAUUAUCUGUCAUGUUCCUAUUACCGUCAUGUACUAUGGCGCCAACUCAAAUAUCCCGGGUCUAUUUCUAUCAGCAUUCUCUAUUUAUGAAAAAAUUCAGGUUACCAUAUUUUUCCUCCAAGAACUUAUAAUAUCAGGUCUAUAUAUUCAAGCAACAGCCAACUUUCUGCGGAACGCAGUUAUCGCGAGAGGCAACACAAAUCACAACACAAUCAAGCACCUUCUAUACGUUAACGUCGUUGUUAUCUUACUCGACGCCACCAUCCUGGGCCUAGAGUAUGCAAACAUGUUUGACUUCCAGACAAGUUAUAAGGGCUUUGCCUAUGGCUUGAAGCUCAAGAUUGAGUUCAGCGUGCUUAAUCGCUUGAUCGAGAUUGCCACAUUCCGAGCCGGCACCUACAUCACGCAUAGCGUGCGUGACGGCAACCCGCAUAAACAGGCCGCCAGGGACAAAAUACAGCCCCAGCAUGAAGAUCAUUAUAUCCACGGUGGAGUAAGGGACGAGUUUGAACUUCAACGCAAUACUACAUCUGCAAAUGACUCUACGACAAGGAUAACGGGAGGGAAGUCUACAUCGCCCAGUGAGCGACAAUUGAAUAUCGACGCACAAUCAUUGUUGACUCAAGAAUCGAUAAACGCCGGUGGAAUCCAGAAGCAAAACUGCGAUUAA